AUGGCCGUCUCCGAGACCAAGUCCGAAGGCCAUAUGACCGAGUUCGUUGACGACGAAGCUCCAGAGCUUCCGAAGCAAUCCAGGUUUCCAAGUCUCCUCAACUUUAGGAUUAUCAUUGUAGCAGCAUCAUCAAGCUUCAUCUUCGGCUAUGGAAACAAUGCAGCCGCAGGAUGCUUUGCACAAGAGACGUUCAUCGCGAAGUUCCUAAGUGGAUCGAAUGCUAAUGCGAUCAUCGACGCAAUCAACGCAAUAUUCUUUGGCGGAGGGUUCAUAGGGACCAUAGUGCAGGGCUAUAUCUCCGAUGGUUACGGCCGUCGCAUCUGUGCACUCAUGGCAGCCCUGCUCAUGACGAUUUCUGGCGUUCUCGCUGCUGCGAGCACGAACCCGGCCAUGUUCAUUGCUUCUCGCGCUAUCACUGGCAUUGCUGGAGGUAUGAUCAUGGGCAACACGCCAGUGUACAUGAGCGAAAUUGCACCUGCUCAUACACGAGGCCUCCUGGUGGGGAUGCACGCCACCUGCCUCAUUGUUGGAUACAUCGUCUGCGGAAUUGCUGCCCUAGGUUUCAAUUUCGUCACCUCACCCAUCCAAUGGCGACUCCAGUUCAUCAUGCUCACAGGCUUCUCUCUUAUCUGCGCCAUUGCAGUUCUCCUCAUCCCCGAGUCUCCCAGAUGGUACGUCGAGCAGGACAGAAUUGAAGAAGCCUCAGCAAUCAUGGAAAGACUCCAUCGUACCAAAGCAGAUCCGUCUGCAAGGAUGGCUCGGGCGGAGAUGUUGCAGAUUGUGGCACAGGUCCACGCCGAGAAAGGUCUUCCUCACAGUUAUUCGUAUAUCCUCAGCAACGCGCACCUUCGGAAACGAGCUUGGUGCUCGGUUGUAAUGUUCGCCAUGGUACAGUCUAGCGGCUUGCUGGUCAUGUUCAACCUUAUGCCUAUACUGUUCGGCGCGCUUGGAUUCGAUGCAACUCUGCAGCUUGGUCUUUCUAUUGUCUGGACAACGGUUGCCCUUAUCGGUGGCACCGUGAAUGCCCUGAUUGUGGACCAUGUGGGACGAGUCAAACUUCUCAUCAUCGGCGGAUGCCUUCUGGUCAUCGCAACGUCCAUUCAAUGUGCGUUGCAAAAGACCUACCUCCACUCGACUUACAAGCCAGGCAUCAACGCUAGCGUCGCCUUUUACUUCAUCUUCAUCGUCUUCUACAGCUUUUCAGUUGACACCGUUGUCUACGUUUAUAACGCGGAGAUCUGGCCAACUCACUUGCGGGCCAAGGGUGUGACGUUUGGCCUGGGAUCCUACUUCAUCUUCGGUGUCAUCUACAACAGUCCUGCUGCGCAAGCGUUCGGCACUAUCGGGUGGAAGUACUACAUCGUGUUCAUCUGCAUGACGGCUUUCUGCACCAUUCUUAUCUUGCUGACGUUCCCCGAGACCAAGGGCCUGACCCUCGAAGAGGUGAAUAUCAAGUUUGGUGAUAGCGUCGAGGUGUCAUUGAAUGAUAUUCGAUUGGAUGAUGUCAAAGGCACGCCAGAGACUUGA